AUGACGACGGAGCCGGGGCAAGUCGUGGGAGCUAGGAUGGUGCACAUGUCGGCGGAGAUGUUGGACUGCUAUGUUUGCCACCUCCCCCUGAAACCCCCAAUCUUCAAGUGCGACGUGUCGAAUCACCUGGUGUGCUCGUCCUGCCGCGGCGUCCACGGCGAGACCUGUGGUCGCUCCGUCGAACGCUCCACCCUCGCCGAGUCCUUCGCCGCCGCCGCCGCCUUCGCGCGGUGCGACUACGAGAGGUACGGCUGCGACCAGGGCUACGUCGUCUACCACGAGGUCGCCAACCACGUCCACGCAUGCCAGCACGCGCCCUGCGGCUGCCCGGAACUCUGCGGCUUCUCCGGCUCCCCGCAGCAGCUCCUCGAGCACAUCGCCGACCACUCGCGCACCAUCCUCGUGGUCCGCUACGGCCAGCCCGUGGCCCUCAGCCUGCCCCUCUCCCGGCGCUGGCAGGUCCUCGUCGGGGAGGAGGACGACGCUGACCGGGGGCACCCGGACGUGUUCCUGGUAUCCCUAAGAGAGUGCGACGAGAAGGUGGAGGUGUCACUGGUCUGCGUCCGAGCGGACGGCGGCGUGCCUCCUCAAUUCUCGUGUGCCAUCGCCGUGGAGCACUGGGACGAUGGCACCAGGCAGACACUAGAGUCGCCGGCAAUGAAGAGCAGCUCCCUGACCUACGGCACACUGCUGCCGCCCGGCGACGUGAAGUGGUUGAAGGAGGCCCUCGACCGGCUCACCGGCUCCGACGUCCUACGGCGCUUCCUCCCCUCGGGGGUCUGCGUCGGCCUGCUCGAUCCGGUCUCCAACAUCAUCGUCAAUGCCCUCCUCGCCGCCACAGCAGACAUGGCCUCGCCGCCGGUCGCCGUCGACUGGACCGAUCUCGGGGACACGGAGCGGCACUCCCUCGAUCUCGGGCAGGCGGAGCUGGAGGCUGUCGCGGAGCCUGACCCCGACACUCGCCCAGACACGUCCCCGUCGCCGCAGCUCCCCGUCGCCGCCGCCGCCGUGCGUGGCGGGCCCCAGCAGGAGCGGGCGGAGGCGGGUGGCAUCCUCAUCGAUCCAGCUCGAUCGAUCCAGUGCUUGAUAGAGGUUACUGUUUUUGUUAAGGACUGGACUGUAAAAUGUGAUUAG